UAAAUCCGGAAUCUUUCUCCGGGUACAAAUCGACCACAAUACUGUCGUGCAUUAUUCAAAGAGUUUCAGAACUUCCGAGGAGACGAGCGAGACUUGGACUCGUUGGGGCACAAAGAGACGAUUGCAAAUCCGACGAUAAUCCCGAGCGGCUUGGCGCCACUUUUGCAGUCAGCUGAUCGCUCCCGUGGUCGCGCCGCCGGAAUCGCCUGAGUACGGGAAUAUACGACGCGGACUUUACGUAAUGCGUGGAUAAUUCGGACGAUCGCUCCGUUGUUUACGCGCCACGGCUGGGCAUCGACACCGUUGCGCGCUUUUUGAUGAUUCUGUUAUGCGUACUAUGAAGACAACGUUUCUUCUUGCAGCCCUGGUAACCUGCGUGUCAGCACUGAACGAGGAACUGUUGCAUUACGUUAGCGACGAUGUGCCCGGCGGCUCUUAUAAAUAUUACAGCUUGACGUACGACGGUAACAUUAAGAUACGGCUGACGUCGAUAACAGGGGACGCGGAUUUGUACGCGUCGCAGAUUAUAAGCAAACCGACGUACGAGCCUGAUCACUAUUGCCUGCAGUCCACAACUUGCGGGGAGGAUACUAUUUUCAUACCUGAGAGCUUCAAACGGCCUGUGAGCAUCGGCGUUUACGGCCACCCGUCGCACGAAAUCAGUAAAUACACUCUAUUGGUGUCCGAGGUGAUGGUCGAGGACGAUAUCUCGUCUUACGGCGAGACGUCGAGGAAAACUUACAAAACUCGCGACAGACUGUCGAUAAACAUGUUGGAAUACGAGAACCAGAUCUUCCUUGAGAUCCUUCAGGAGGACGGACUAGUUAUAACAGCCAAGGGUCUUGGUAUAGAGACGGUUUUUGCGAAUGUGAUAAAAGCUUACUCGGACCCGGGCAAUCUAGUUAUAGUCCUGGGAACCACUACUCAUGAUGAGAAUUACCUUAUCGAUCUGCUUAAAAGUUACGGGACGAGUAGGCUGCCGCGUGUAAUCAAUUCCGAAUAUUCCUCCGCUGAAAGGGAAGUGAUAUACCUGGAGGGCGGAGUGCUGUUUAUAUCGGGUCGUAUUUUGGUGGUGGACCUGUUGAAGAACAGAGUUCCGCUGCACUUGGUCACCGGCAUUCUCGUUUACCGAGCUCACAAUAUUUUGAACGCCUAUCAAGAGGCGUUUGCCUUGCGCUUGUACAGACAACAUAAUAAGACUGGAUUUAUCAAGGCGUUCACGAAUUCGUCACUGGCUUUCACAGUCGGGUACUUGCAGGUGGAACGUGUUAUGAAAGCUCUGUUCGUGAAGAAAUUGUAUUUAUGGCCACGUUUCCACACAACGAUUAAUAACUGCUUGUCCAAGCACGAGCCGGACGUUAUAGAGCUACAUGUACAGAUCACACCGAAGAUGCAGAGCAUUCAAGGCACUCUGCUCGACAUUAUGAACUACAUCGUGAAAGAAUUGAAGAGAAUCAAUAAAUAUUUAGACCUGGACGAUCUGACUGUGGAGAAUGCGAUAGCAAAGAAAUUUCACAAGCAGCUACACUCGCAAGUAGAUCCAAUCUGGAAUCAGCUUAGCACAACGACCAAACAAUUGUUUUCUGAUUUAAAAACGUUACGUUCUCUUGUUAUAUCUUUGACGUACGAUGAUUCCGUCUCGUUUUAUGCCAUGGUAAAUCGUCUACGGACUAUGGAAUAUGCCAUGAAAGCCGGUGGUUGGAUAAUGCUGGAUGAAUUCGAGAAGUUGUUCAAGUAUGCCAAAAGCAGAGUUUACACAGAUAAGAAUGUACUGAAACCAGAGCCAAAUCCAAAAUGGGAGGCUUUAUCGGAAGUCUUAUCUGAGAUUCAAGAACAGAAACAUAAGAAAAAAGACUAUGAGAACAUUGAUAAAAUUUUUAUCUUAGUGCAAGACAAUAAUAUAUGUAGACAGUUAAAAAAUUAUUUAACUAUGGGUGCAAACGAAUAUUUACUCUAUGAGGCGCUGAAAAAACUGUCGCAUACUAAAGAACAACAGACAAGUGACAAAAGUGGGAAGAAUCAACCGAAAGAUGAACCGUCUGAAAGUAAAACUGAUGAGGAAGCGCAGGAAAUGCAAGACACUUAUGUGCUCACCAUGUCGCAGAAAUGCGUGGAGGGAACUCAGCCAGGUACUUCCACGGAAGAUGCGAAACACCAGACAUUGUUUGAAGAAUGUCCGCAAAUCGCUGAAUUGGAUUUAACUAAAGAGUGUACGGCAUCCGCACCUAUCGUUUUCAUACAAGCCAUAAAGAAAGGAGGGGAUCCAAUGGCUUUACAACGAACGUUGGCCGAGCAUACGCCCAACAAUAUUAUUUUGUACGCAAGUGAUAUCGGUAUCGUGAGGCAGUUAGAGGUGUAUCAGAAUAAUAAUCCGUCGUUAGAUUUAAAGAUAUAUUUCUUAAUUUACGGUGGCUCGGUUGAAGAGCAGGAGUAUCUUACUUCCUUACGAAGGGAAAAGGAAGCAUUUCAUUCUCUGAUCAGUGCGAAAACUACCAUGGUUGUGCCAGAAGAUCAAGAUGGAAAGUCAGACGAUUGUUUGGCUCUUGCAAUUCCGUCUGAUAGUACAAGUGAGGACAGUACGCGUAAAGGAGGGAUGCAGUCUGAAGCUAAAGUAAUUCCGAAAGUUAUCGUCGAUAUGAGAGAGUUCAGAAGUGAAUUGCCAACCAUUCUGUACACGCGCGGUAUGAUAGUCGAGCCGGUGACAUUAGUGGUGGGGGAUUAUAUUCUAACGCCAGAAAUAUGUAUCGAGAGGAAAAACGUAUCUGAUUUGAUUGGCUCUCUACAUUCUGGAAGAUUGUACAAUCAGGCAGUUUCCAUGACGAGGUAUUACGCUAAACCCAUGCUCCUGAUAGAAUUUGAUCAGAAUAAACCGUUCUCUUUUCAGGGACAUUAUUAUGUCAGUAGAGAUCUCAAAAGUACUGACAUAACGGCAAAAUUGCAAUUAUUAACUCUUCAUUUUCCCAAACUGAAAAUUGUAUGGUCUCCUAGUCCACAUGCUACAGCACAGUUAUUUGAAGAAUUAAAGCAAGGAAGAGAUCAACCUGACUCGAGUAUAGCUGCUAAACUUGGAGCAGAUGAAAACGUGGAGAACAAGCAGAUAAUGGAAGAGAAAUAUAACACUCACAUCCAAGAUUUUAUAGCUAAAUUACCGGGCGUAAAUACAAAAAAUUUGCGUGUUCUACUGAAUAAAGGAAAAUCGUUGGAUCAUCUUAUCAAGCUUUCACAAGAAGAACUAAGAGAAAUACUUGGAAAUAAAAGUGACGCGGAAUUGUUAUAUAAAGCGCUUCACGAGAAAUGUCUACAAACGGAUGACGGUGCGGGAACUAGUAAAGGUGUUGCCAAAGUACGUGGCAAAAGACUUUUCUCCAGAGUAAAAUAAUAAUGUGAAUAAUGAUACGCAAACAAUUGUAUAACAUUUGUAGGUAUUAGUAAGUAAAUGUUAUUACAGUUUAAUAAAUAUUUUGUAAAACAUUAGAAAG